AUGUGGGUGGUGACUAGGUGUUAUUCUAAACAUGCGUACCAAAAGACGCUGCUUUUGCCUAAGACUAAGUUUGCCAAAAGAUCUUCCUUACAGAAGACCUUCGGAGAGCUAAUAUCCCAAUCAUCCGAUGAGGUAUAUAAGCGACAAUACGAAGAACUUUUGAAAAAGCUGUCUGCAAUAACCGAUCAAGACGAGAAACUGUCAUUUAUUAAGAAUAAUGUUUUUGUUUUGCAUGAUGGGCCGCCAUAUGCUAAUGGCGAUAUUCAUUUUGGACACUCAUUAAACAAAAUCUUGAAAGACAUCAUUAAUCGGUACCAUUUGAUGCAGGGUAAAUAUGUUUAUUAUAAGCUUGGAUGGGACUGCCAUGGGCUUCCUAUUGAGCUGAAGGCAUUACGUGAGCUCAACGGACAAGUGGGCGAUCUUUCCCCUACGAAAGUGCGGUCGCUGGCGUCGAAACAUGCAUCGCAAGCAGUUAAAAAGCAGAAGAAACAGUUCUGGGAGCUAGGUGUAUUGGCAAACUGGGAUGAUUUUUAUUGCACUAAUGAAAAGCAGUAUGAGCUGGACCAAUUGCGGGUGCUUCAGAAGAUGUUUGAGCGUGGGUUAAUCAAGAGACAACGGAAACCUGUGUACUGGGGCACAGAGACUUAUACGGCUUUAGCAGAAGGAGAGCUGGAGUAUAAGGAGGAUCAUAAGUCGACUGCCGUCUACGUAAAGUUUCCUCUUACGAAGGCUUCUUGUGAGUUGUUGCAGACUCGAUUAGAGAAGCUUUCUGGUGUGAACAAACCCAUUAAGUGUUUAGCUUGGACCACAACUCCAUGGACUCUGUUCUCUAACAGGGCUAUCUGUUUCAACGAAAAUAUGUACUAUACUGCCGUUGAAGCUGAAAAUGAGAUUCUUCUGAUUGAAUCUAGUGCCAUUGACAGGCUAACUUGGGGUGAUUCAAAGACACCCACAGCUGUCGCUGAACUAUCGGGGGCAGAGCUAGCUGGACUACAAUACACAAACCCAUUAGUAUCUGAUGAAACGAGACCGCUGUUGCAUGGUAAUCAUGUUGUCAGUGGUACUGGUACUGGGAUGGUCCAUACAUGUCCAGGUCAUGGUCAGGAUGACUAUGUGGUCGGUAUUGCCAAUAAUUUAGAAGUCUACUCUCCUGUCGACCAUGAGGGCAGAUAUAUAAUUGAAGAAAUGCCUCAACAUCUGCGUACUAUUUUAGUUGGGGAAGAUGGUAAACCCAGAAAGGUUCUUGAUGCUGGGACAACGACUACAGUGCUGUCGCUGUUACAGGAAAAGGACAUGCUUCAAAGUUCAUAUGACCACACUCAUUCAUACCCAUAUGAUUGGAGGUCCAAGAAGCCAAUCAUUGUGAGAUCGACACCACAAUGGUUUGCCUGCUUGGAAGACGUGAAAAAGCAAGCAUUGGAAAGUUUGGAAACUGUGCGGUUCUACCCAAGCCGUGGUCGUAAUAGACUGUCUGCGUUUAUAAAGAGCAGGUCUGAAUGGUGUAUAUCCAGACAAAGAUCUUGGGGUGUUCCAAUUCCCGUGCUGCAUAAGAAGGAUAAUCCUGAUGAAGUGUUAAUAAAUGAGGAGACUAUUGAACAUAUUAUAAAAACCAUCGAAGCGAAAGGAACUGAUGCAUGGUUCGCUCCAUCGACAGAGGAAAACAUGCAGUACUGGUUGCCGGAAAAUUACAAGAAAGAUGCACAUAAAUAUAUGAGAGGUAAGGAUACAGUUGAUGUGUGGUUUGACAGUGGCUCCAGUUGGAACUCCAUUGUUCGUUGGUACAAGGAAGAACUAGGUCUAGAAAAACUACCUGAACCCCUCUGUAAUUUAUACUUGGAAGGUUCUGAUCAGCAUAGAGGCUGGUUUCAAAGUUCUGUCCUAACUAAAGUCUGUUCGACUGGUACAAGUAAGGCACCAUUUGGAUCUGUUGUGACCCAUGGUUUCACAUUAGACGAAAACGGCAUUAAGAUGUCGAAGUCAAUUGGUAACGUUAUCACGCCUAGUGAUAUCUUCACCGGUAAACCAAACAUAGGACCCAGCUUGGGCAUUGAUGGUCUGCGUCUACUUGUCGCACAAUCGGACUUCACUUCUGACGUUGCUGUGGGCCCAACUGUUUCUACACAUGUGGCAGAUGCCUUGAAGAACUUCAGGCUUACUUUCCGUUUCCUAUUAGGGAAUUUACAAAAUAGCCAAGACUUUGUUCUUCUGCCAUUCGAUCAGCUCAGGCCAGUAGAUCGUUAUGUCUUGGCAAAGUUGAAAGAACUAAGUAUUGAGACCAACAAGUGCUACCAGAACUUCAACUUUGCAAAGGUAUCCACAUUGGUGCAAUACAAUAUGAACAAUCUUCUAUCUGCAUUUUACUUUGAUAUUGCCAAGGACAGUUUAUACUCCGACUCCUUGACUAGUAUAAAACGGCGCCAGAUACAAACGACCUUUUUCCAUAUACUAGAAGUAUAUCGUACCAUACUUGGCCCCAUAAUUCCUAUCAUGAUCCAGGAAGUCUUUAAUCAUCUUCCAACUGGAUGGCUACAAAACUCUAUUUACUCCCAAAAGCCCAUUGACUACUGUCCUAUGACCAGAUCCUACUCAGGCGUCGAUUUUUCUAAUCAUGAAUCCAUAGUAUCAGAGUUCCAAAACAAGUUACUUGUGCUUCAAAGCUUCAAAAAAGCCUUUGGUGCACUUUCAGAUGUAACCAAACCUGGGCAAGUUAAAACUACCCUAUACUGUAACCAAGGUGAGCAAUUUGAUCCAGAAGAGCUAGCAGAUUUAACACAGUCAGGUGAGUUCAAUAUUAUACAAGGUGAGGCGUCAUUAUCAGCCAAUGGUAUUUUGGAUGUGAUAACCCUAAACGAUGGGAACAAAAUUAGCUUACUGGUAGAAGCAAGUGCAAAAUCCAGCUGUCCAAGAUGCUGGAAGCAUAAUUCGGAAUCCGAAGGUCAGCUAUGCAGACGUUGUUACGCCGUAGUCAAUCCUGGAACUUAG